AUGUCGCAUGAAAUUGUCAGUGCGUUCCUAACCUGGUGGCUAAAGUGUCCACCCCCUCCAGAUGGAUCAGAAGAACCGUAAGUUACAUACUAAAAGUCAUAUAGCCCUAGAUAAUAAUUCUGCCAUGUCUAAUAUUCCCUUAAAAUUAUUUUUAAAAUUUAUACUUUAUAAACAAAACCUUUUCUUAUAUUCCUCCCCUACAUUCCUUGACCUCAGACAUGUAGUAUCAUUUCGAUUUUAACGUCACACAUGUAAUAAGUGCCUAAAAGAACCAUUAAUGCAUAAACUGGGUCGUUUGAAGAACGCCGUUAGCCAUCUGCCGUUAUCUCCUUGUUUCAGUGAUAUUGAGAAUGAAAUUAAGAAGGAAUUGGCCAAGACCAGUCCCUUGGCCCAGGCCCUGUACUCGUUCGUCCUGGCCAUGAUCCUCUUCUACGUGUUACUCUUACUCCGUAACUUUUACUACUACUUCUUUUAUCCAGUAUGGCAGAUGCGACCGGUUUCGCACAAAAGAAGAAGAUCCAGGGGUUCUAGAGUAAGUUUGCCGUAUAAAUUAUCAUUUUUGAGUGCAGAUUUGCACAAUACCACAACAUAGAGUAAAACCAUAAAUAUACUGUCUAACUUAUUUCAGAAGUCAGACAUUCACAAUGAGCUUCGUACUGCUAUCAUGAAUGCACAGAACCAGCAAGUCAAGAUGAACUCUCCUGUAGCUAUGAUAUACAAACGACGCAGUAAGAGCACAAUGAACUCAAGCAAAGGAAAAGUAGGUCUAAAUAACUUUUAAUAAAACUAGGGACAAUUUUGAACAUAAUUAAGAAACUUAGCGUAAUUAAUGUAAAAUAAAAAUGAACACACAAGUGUGAAGUUAAACACCAUGUUACUACAGACACCAGACAUAAAUAAACAAAUAUUUUCAGAACUUUGACAUUCUGACACCCAAAACGGCACGGUCUCCUCAAAGUGGCAGUCCCAAGUCUUCAACCUCUGAACGUGACCUCAACUCAGUCACCGCCUCGAUGAGCUCUCUAUCUUCCGAUUCAAGCAAAGCUUCAGAUGCCGCCCCACGAUCGGAUUCCGUGCUACACACAGAUUCCACUCGAAAAUCAGAAUCUUCUACAAAGUCACCGUCAUCAACCCAGAAGUCAUUCACUCCCAACCACAAGUCCCAGUGA